AUGAUGUCUUUUAUAACAUUAUGGUACUAUUGUUGGAAAUCAAAGUUUGGUAACAAGGAAAUUUCAUGCAACACAGAAGCUACACCAUUGCAAUUCGAUUUUCGAGUAACCGAGACGUACAACGACUCACAAACGAUUUAUCGGUCAACGAGGAUCGAUGAAAACAUGUGUCAUGCACAGAAAUGCGAAGUAUUCCUUUGGGAUGAUUCGAGCACAUUCGAAUCUUCUCGGACAUUGCUCGAACAAAUUAAAUUAACGGUACGGCACAGCAAGAGUUUUACAAAUAAACAAGAAUGCAUCCAAUGCAUUAAAGAAAAUAGUGAGCGUAUUAUUUUGGUGGCUGCAAAUGAAAAGGCAACAGGAGAUGUUCUUUCUGAAUGUGGUGCUCUGCCACAAUUGAAAGCUAUUUAUGUCCUGAACUCGAAUGCAGAUUCGCUAACAGAUAAAAAGCUUGUCUAUUUUCCUGAUUCAAUAGCACUAACACAGCAAAUUGCAUCGAUCACCCAAUUGACAAAACAAGAAUCACCGACAAUAUCUUGCUGGAAUUUAGGUCAACGAACUAUGUCCGAACUUAACUCAGAAGCUGCUUCAUUCAUGUGGUCACAAAUGUUACUUGAAAUACUUAAGGAAUUUCCAACUGGUGCUCAUGAUUUGGACGAUAUGAUAGCGGCGUGCCAGGAUCACUACCGGGAUAAUGCCACUCAACUGAAGACAAUCGACGAGUUUCGUAAGAGUUAUAGUCCUUCAAGUAGUAUCCAAUGGUACACGAAGGAUAGUUUUGUCUACCGCCGAGUGAAUGAAGCAUUACGAACAAUCGAUAUUGAUGCUCUUUAUACUUAUCGUGCGUUCAUUGUGGAUCUUUGCUCCCAACUGCAAAGACAACAACAGUUGGAACCUUUCUCGACAUCGACUGUAACCCUCUACCGUGGACAGACGAUGUUUGUUUGGGAGCUGAACAAAUUUAUCAAGAAUAUUGAUCAGCUUGUUUCAAUCAAUGCAUUUUUCUCGGCGUCAUUAAAUGAACGUGUAGCUGAAGCUUUCAGCGGAUCUGACGUUUUUGCACGUAUCGACAAACUGAGCACAAAUAAAGCCGAAGAAGAAGUGCUGUUCAAUCUAUUCACUGUUUUUCGAGUCGUCAACGUUCUUGAAGAACUUAAUGGACAUCGCUGGCGAAUUUAUUUGGAAGCGACAGACGAGGGCCGAGAAGCACUCGAUGAUUAUCUAAAAAUUUCGAAAUCUGACGUAGAAACUGCUACGAAUGAAAUCAGUUUUGGACGAAUACUCAUGCACAUGGGACAAUAUGGACGAGCAGUCAAAUAUUUCGCAUUACUCAUUUCUAGGCUGGAUCCAAGCGAUGUAUCUAAUCGUGCAAACAUAAUUUGUAACCAAUCCGACUGUCUUUAUCAUAUGUGCGAAUACGAAAAAGCAAGAUUGUGCCUAGAAGAUGGUCUCUCAAGGCUCGAUCAAAUGAAUAUGUCUAAAGAUGACAUUUUCUAUCUUCGGUGCCGUUUUCGUCUGGCUAAUUUAUUGCUUUUUACAAAUCAACUGAAACCAGCACUGAGCAUCUACGACGAAACACUACAAAGACAACGAAGAACAUUACAUGCAGAUCACGUCCAUAUUGCCGACACACUGAAAAGUAUAGGAAAUUGGUAUGGAAAUAAUGUCGGCUAUCAUGAAUCGCUGACAUAUAGGAGAGAAGCGCUGAGAAUAUAUGAAAAGUCUUUACCAGAAUAUCAUCCGAAGCGGAUCAGUGUUAUGAGAUCACUUGCUGGCACCUACGAAGCUCUUGGGCAAUUUGAAAAGGCACUUGACUAUCUGAAUCAAGCACUUCAACAUCAGAAUUGA